UCCAUUACGUACCUUCAAAACUCACUGUAAUACGACCGAGAAUGCCCCUCACAAUCCUCUCCGGCGCCCAAGUGCGCACAUUACUCCUCUCCCUCUCUCGCGACGACGUCCUCACCCUCCAACACAACCUCGCCGAAGCCCUCCGCGAAUACUCAACCGGAAGCCAGGAAGAAGGCUGCUCAGCAUCCUACCAACCGCACCGAACAGCCAUAACGGGCGCCGAUGGCGGAACCACAAUCUUCAUGCCGGCGAGUACAGGCAAGAUGACCGGGGUCAAAAUUCUGUCUUCACCGUUGACGGCCUCGUCGCCGUUUGGAGAGAAGAGAGGGUGUACGACUAUUGGGCAGGAGUUUGCGAAUACGAGACAGUCGGCGAAGGUUUCGUUGGCGUUGGAGGAGUAUUCUUCGAGACGGUCGAGUAGUUCCUUAUCGGCUGAUGUGAGCUCCAUGUCGUUGACGCCAUCGAAUGAUGGUGAGGGUGGUGGGGAUGAUAGUGAAGUUGAAACAUCGUCAUUUUCAUCAUCUAACGCCGGGAGUAGUAGUCCAAGGGCCUCGAAAUCGUAUAUGGGAAACGUACAACAGGUGUCUGGCAAAGCAUGGCCAGCGGUUGGAGCCCGCGAUUCUUCUCCUCGAGGAACACUGACACUUGUCGGCCAGGACGGACUUCCCAUCGGCUUGAUCAGUGCACAAGACUUGACCGCAUUCCGUACCGCGCUUACCUCGCUACUGGGUUUCAACAAACGAAAACACGUCAAGACCAUCACUGUUUUUGGUGCAGGAAGACAGGCAUACUGGCACAUUCGCCUGGCACUCUUACUCCGUGGGCCUGAAGUGAAACGUGUGUACAUCAUCAAUCGCUCCUUCGACCGUGCCGCAAAAUUACUCAGAGACAUCUAUGCGCCUGGAAACGCCUCGUGGCGGUCCAAUGUAAAGUUCCACGCCUUUAGCAGCGAUUUUGUCGAGUAUAGCCGUCUCUGUCGGGAAGCAGUGCGCAAAGCAGAUGUUAUAUUCUGUUGUACACCAUCACUCGAACCGCUUUUCCCUGCUGAAUUCCUCACAUCCACCGAGGGACGGCGGAAGGGUAGAUUCGUCGUGGCUAUUGGAUCGUACAAAUCCCACAUGACUGAACUACACCCUGACAUUCUAAAACAUGAAGUCAAACCCCCCGGUCAUCACGGCCAUCAUUAUCACAAACAUGCCCAGCGCGGCGGAGUCGUGUUGGUCGACAGUCUCGAAAUGUGUCUACAGGAAGCCGGUGAAAUCGUCCAGGCAGGCUUGGGACCUCAUCAACUCGUUGAAAUCGGCGAAUUGAUGAUCAUGCGACAUGCCGCGAGAUUGGGAAUUGAUCGACAGAAAGAAGAAAGUGAACAGAGUAUGCAGCGAUGGUUGGAAAGUGGGAAUGUGGUGUAUAAGAGUGUGGGACUUGGAUUGAUGGAUUUGGUGACUGGGGGGGAUUUGGUGGAUAUUGCGAGGAAAAGGGGUGUUGGGACUUUUAUUGAUGAUUUUGAGUGA